CUGUGGCGCUGCUCUUAAAAAAACUUUUUUUUGUAAAAACAAGCUUUUUGUGUACAGAAUUGGGCUGUGCCGAUUUAUGGAUUUUUAAUAUUUUAUGAAUUAAACCAAGAAACAUUAUUAUAAGAAAUAGUACAUAACACUGUAUAAAAAUGAAUACACUCGAUAAGCAAUUAGCUGACCUACGUAUUUAUGCGAACGAACUAGAUGCUAAAUUACAAGAUGAUAUAAAUACAGCGAAAAGAAAACCUUCCAUACCGCCUAAGAAAUCUAAACCACCACUGCCACAAAUACCUCAGAGUUACAGCGUAAAGUCUGCUUGCGAACCGUCCUAUUCAUCGAGACUAGAAUCAGGAAGUCGAACGAGCUCCACCUAUUCAAACUUAGUGCCCGUCAAAAGUUGUAUUGUACGAAAUUCAGCAAGAGGUAAAAGCGGAGAUGUACUUCUCUACAGCAAUUUGGUUCCUCCUGGCGGCACCAGUCAUGUGUACACAAAUGUUCCAAUGCAGCGGCCUAUGGAGAACUUUUAUGAUAGAGAUGCAGUGUCAGAAGUGUCUCGUAUUAGUGAUUUGGGUAUACAGUCGAAUUAUAGUGAACUACGGCGUCCUGGAUCCGCUUAUCCUCCUUCAUCAGCAUCAGUGAACGCCCAAGAUUUUUCUACGUAUGGUGGAUCGCAAGCGUCAUCUACUUAUGAGUCAUUAUAUGAGCCCAUAAAUCCUCGACCUUGUAGUCAGUUAUCUGGAACCUCACUGUAUGGGGGCUAUGUUGGUACAACGAUAGAGUCCACCCCUGAACCAGAUGAUGCACUAUAUUGUGGUAAUUGCUACAGAUGUGGUGAAAAAAUUUUAGGCGAAACAACAGGAUGUACUGCUAUGGAGAGAAUUUAUCAUAUUAAAUGUUUUUGCUGCCAACAGUGUGGAAUUAACUUACAGGGCCGACCAUUUUAUGCAGUACAAGGAAAAGCAUUAUGUGAGAGGGAUUAUUUAGAAACAUUAGAAAAAUGCUGUGUCUGCAGUGAUCCAAUCCUGGACCGUAUACUUAGAGCUACGGGAAAGCCGUACCAUCCUAGAUGUUUUACCUGUGUGGUCUGUCAGAAAAGCCUGGAUGGAAUACCCUUUACAGUAGAUGCUGUCAAUCGUAUUCAUUGUAUCGAAGAUUUUCAUAAAAGAUACGCGCCUCGUUGUGCGCUUUGUCGAGAACCAAUUGUGCCAGAAGGUGGGGCUGAAGAGACCGUAAGAAUUGUUGCUUUAGAUAAAAGUUUUCAUAUCGCGUGUUAUGCUUGUGAAGAUUGUGGGGCGUCUCUCUGCUCAAGAGAAGAGGGCAGAGGCUGCUACCCCCUCGACGAUCACUUAUAUUGCAAAGAGUGUAAUGCAAGGCGCAUACAAGAAAUCUCACGAAAUAUCAAUUGAUUGAUACCACUUCGAAGUUUAGUCUUGCUACUUAAUAUAUUACCUUCUAAUAAAAAGUAAUUAUUUGUAGAGCUUUAUAUCUCAAUUCGGAAAUUACUUAAUGUACUUGCCUAUACAAUUACAUACCUUAUUAAUUUUAAAAGAAAUGAUACCUAAGCAAUCCUAAUUAAGAAUCUUAUUUUAUUGAAUAUUAGGCUACAAUAUUUAGUGAUAUUUCCCAUUACAGUAGUUGUUUCGUAAAAUUAUUAGGGAGAGCAUGCUUCAUAGGAUUUUUAAAGUCAGUAUUCUUUUUUACUACUUAUCAAAAAGUUUCAUAUGAACAUUAGUAUUAUAUUUGUAUUUUUUUACAUUUUUACAAUAACCAUAUUAAUAUUAUCUGAAUUACAGUAUAAAAACACAAAAUUUAUUCAUAGUAAAAACAUUCCGUGUUGCAUUUAAUUAAAAUAGGUUAUUUGUAAGGCUGUGUAGAAUUUUUACAGUAUUAUAUGCAAAGGAUUUAUGAGUGAUUUUAGAAUUAUUAUUUAGAAGAAUUAAGAAUAUUAUACACAUUAUAGUAUAGAAAUAAUAAUAUUAUGGAUUUUUUGUAUUUUAUUACAUAAAAAUGUAGAUUAAAUAUUAUGUGCUUUCACAGAAAUUGACAUUGUUACACUUUUGCAGGAAAAAAAAUCUAACAAUCUAUGCAGUGCAAUAAAUAAACAAGAUAUACAUAUUAUAUUAUUAUAUUGUAUUUAAAAUUGACUAAGUAUGAAUAUCUUAUUGCCAUAUUUACUUGACUUUCUUAUGAUUAGAUAUGUAUAAAUACCUCUUUAAAAAUGUGCCAUUUUGUGUUAGUUAAAUGUAAUCCUUGGUUGUGUAUUUUUUUUUCUAAUUAUUUGAAUGUACUUACAUGUUUAUGGUUUUAUUAAUUACUAGCGGUCCGCCCCGGCUUCGCCCGUAGUACAUGAUUACAUUUUCUCUACAUAAGAACCAUCCUCGUACUUCAAGGAAUAUAAUAAAAAAAGAAUUAUCGAAAUCGGUUCAGCCGUUCUCGAGUUAUGCGCUUACCAACACAUUUUGCGAUUCAUUUUUAUAUAUAAGAAGAAGAUUUGUAAAUAUUGUAUUCAAAAGUGAUAAAAUUGAAUGCUUUACAUCACAUUAUCACAUUAAAAUCUAAAACUGAUUAAUACUGUGCUGAUAAGUUAAUUUGGUGUUAGUGUAUGUGUAAACUUAUACAGAAUAUGAAAAUAAAUUAAACCAAAUUAGUGGCAGGCCUAAACAUAGAUAUUAUGCAAAUAGAUUAUAAGAACAACAAUAUUUGUAAUAAAUGUGCUUUAUGUGAAUGGCACAAUUUCAUAUUAUUGUAGGCCUUAGUAUAUUCCUCCUAAAAUCUUAACUACUUUUUCUUACUGUCUUUGUGUAACCUACAUAAUUGUAGUCGCUUGUAUCGAUGGCUUUUAUAGUCACACUAGUGACAUGCUGUAGUGUAGCAUGUAAUUUCACUUACAAAUUUGCCAACAAACAUCACCAUUACAUUCACCCAUUUAUUACGUGCACUAAGCGCACUUUCAAAUAAACACGCUCACACACACGUUCCUCCAAUCAUUCUUGUCAGUUCUACUAUAAGAUUCUUGUAAUCGUUGUUGUGAUUGUAAUCAUUAAUAAAAGAAAAAUACUGAAAGAAA